GUAAGGCCUGUGGCCGGCCGGUCCGCCGCAGCCUGUCACCGUCGCCCCGGAGUGGCCGCGCCGGGGCAGAAAUGCUGCUGGUCGGCUGGUGCCUGCUUUGGCUUGGCUUAGUCCUGGCCUCGGUCUGCGCCUCCCUUGAGUCUGCGGCGCCUGGCAGCUGGACCCCAGCUCCUCUGAACGUCCUUCUAAUCAUCGUGGAUGACCUGCGCCCUUCCCUGGGCUGUUACGGGGACAAGCUCGUAAGGUCCCCAAACAUCGACCAGCUGGCAUCCCACAGCCUCCUCUUCCAGAAUGCCUUUGCCCAGCAAGCAGUGUGCGCCCCGAGCCGUGUGUCCUUCCUCACUGGGAGGAGACCAGACACCACCCGCCUGUAUGACUUCAAUUCCUACUGGAGAGUACAUGCUGGAAACUUCUCUACCAUCCCCCAGUACUUCAAGGAGAACGGCUACGUGACCAUGUCGGUUGGAAAAGUCUUUCACCCUGGAAUAUCUUCCAAUUAUAGUGAUGACUCUCCGUAUAGCUGGUCUAUGCCGCCUUACCAUCCCUCCUCUGAAAAGUAUGAAAACACCAAGACAUGUAGGGGGCCGGACGGAGAGCUCCAUGCCAACCUGCUUUGCCCUGUGGAUGUGGCGGAUGUGCCAGAGGGCACCUUGCCUGACAAACAGAGCACUGAGCAAGCCAUCCGCUUGUUGGAAAAGACGAAAACCUCGGCGCGCCCUUUCUUCCUGGCUGUUGGGUAUCAUAAGCCGCACAUCCCUUUCAGAUACCCCAAGGAGUUUCAGAAGCUGUAUCCCUUGGAGAACAUCACCCUGGCUCCUGACCCCCAGGUCCCUGCUGGCCUCCCUUCCGUGGCCUACAACCCCUGGAUGGACAUCAGGCAGCGGGAGGACGUCCAGGCCUUGAACCUCAGUGUGCCCUAUGGCCCAAUUCCUGUGGAUUUUCAGCGGAAAAUCCGCCAGAGCUACUUUGCCUCCGUUUCGUACUUGGACACGCAGGUGGGCCACCUUUUGAGUGCUUUGGAUGAUUUCCAGCUGGCUAACAGCACCAUCGUUGCAUUUGUCUCCGAUCACGGGUGGGCCCUAGGUGAACAUGGAGAGUGGGCCAAAUACAGCAAUUUUGACGUCACUACCCGUGUGCCCUUGAUGUUCUAUGUUCCCGGGAGGACAGCUCCGCUUCCAGAGGCAGGCGAGAAGCUUUUCCCAUACAUCGACCCUUUCGAUUCCGUCUUGGAAUUGACGGAGCCAGGCCGGCAAGUCACGGACCUCGUGGAACUUCUCUCUCUCUCCCCCACGCUCUCGGGACUUGCGGGACUGCAUGUGCCACCUCGCUGUCCCAUUCCCUCAUUUCAUGUCGAGCGGUGCCGAGAAGGCCAGAGCCUUGUGAAGCAUUUCCGAUUCCAGGACCUGGAAGAGGACCCGUACUUUCGUGGUAAUCCCCGUGAGUCCAUUGCCUAUAGCCAGUACCCCCGGCCUGCAGAUUCUCCCCAGUGGAAUUCUGACAAGCCAAGCUUAAAAGAUAUAAAGGUCAUGGGCUAUUCCAUACGCACGAUAGACUAUCGGUACACUGUGUGGGUUGGCUUCAAUCCCCAUGACUUUCUGGCUAACUUUUCUGACGUCCAUGCAGGGGAACUGUAUUUUGUUGAUUCUGACCCUUUGCAGGAUCACAACAUGUAUAAUGACUCCCAGGGCAGAGACCUCCCCCGAUCACUGAUGCCUUGACUCCUGC